AUGGUAAAUCGACAAACUCUGAACCGUGUUCGAAACCACUCUGUAUCCGACUUGUGUCAUGGCUGACGAUAGACCUAUAUCACACUACAGUCCGCACCCGCCCAGGAACCCGGCCACUUCAAGUGAGUGCCCAUCAAACUCCUCAGCUCCCUUUUACCUAAUUCGUUCUGACUUGCUCGUCGUAUCGUACAGCCCCAUCACGCAGCGCUUCGAAGCGGACUCGGCGCACGUCGUCUCGUCCGAGCAGAACGGCUCGACCUUCCCCGGCGACGACGACCACUCCUCUGCACCAGGUGUCAAGACCAUUCCUGCGCCUUGUAAGCUUUCGCCCUUUCAAGCUCUGGCCUGAGAAGUUCGCUGAUCGAACUCUCGGCGCUUUGGACGAUGGUCUCGGAUCGAACUCCUUAAUUGCCGUCGUCAAAACUUGAUUAGCCACGCAGCCGAGUUUCAAGGAUCAAGUCAUGGGGAAUGCUAAGAAGGUAAGCGACGCUGUACAAACCGCGCGACGAAAUAUAAUGUUGAAUCGGCAUUCGAUCUCACCAGUUUGCUGGCCAAGCUUUCGGACGAGUAAGCAGAAACUGCGCGUCAAAAUGAUUUCGCCCAUCGCUCAACCUCGACUUUCUUCUGCAGGAACACGAGAAGAUUACAGGAGAGGCCUUACUUGCAGGUCACGGAAAAGAGAAGGCCGAGCAGAUCGGUCAAGAAGUCAAGGCGGCGAAGGAGCAACAAGCUGCGAAGAAGUAA